AUGAAGGUACUUUUCCGUCAGGCAACCGUCGUAACGGCGUUCCAUCGCCAACUCACUUUCAGUGCGUCUUUCUGUUCGCCGUGCUUAUCGGCUCCGUCUUUUGCGUCGAACGCGACUUCUCCGUGCGUGUCAAGGGACAGUUCCUGUGCCAUGACAAACCGUCCGUCAGUCUGCCGCUCGACAUUUACUACCAAUCGAACAUCAGUUCGUUUCUCCGUCUGCCACGUGGCAUUCAAUUCUCUCUUUUCAGUGCUUUACCCCGAUUACAUGGCUCGGUUCACUGACGCGGAGGGCAAGUUCGAUCUGGCCGCCAACAUCAAAGUAGAUGUACGUGAACACUCCCAGAAGAUGUUCCGUCUCAUCCGAUUUAUUUCAGGAGUACAUGAUCGAUCCGUACAUUGUGUUCCGUCACGAUUGCUGGGAAAGACCCGAAAUGGUUUAGAGAAGUCGAGGAUUUCAGUGAAAAUCGGACUGUUUCAGCCGGGAAGAUGCAAGCGGAAGAUCAUGUGGAGGAUUCCGGGAAUGAAUGUCACUGCCAAGAAGGUGCCCGAAGAGAAUAGAGUUAAUCGAAUGCAACGCGACUUUUCAUAAAGUUUUCGACUUCAGAUCUUCAACAUCGGAACCGUCGACUUGCGAUUCAAGCAUGAGCACGAGGUUCGCACUAUUUGUGGAAUCGGCAAGCUCUCAAAGAAAUCACCUGAAUAA